AUGGAUGCAGCUCAAAUCCAAGCAAUCGUGGAGGCUGCAGUCGCAGCAGCACUGCAGAACCAGAACGUUCUGAAUGCGAUCCGACCGCAACAAGCCAACCCAACAGCAGUCGCAUUUGCAGUCACACCAGCUGGAACAGGUGACGACGCAUGGGACUUUACCUCGCCUACUGGACUCAGAAUCUUCAUGGCUUCAAUCACCCCUUUCACGAUCAAGUACGACGGAAAGGAGCAGUACCUCCGUGAUUUUCUGCGUCAGAUCUGGCAGAGAGCUGAAUCGUUCGGAUGGGUGUCUAUCCUGCUAGUCGCGGAUGCCAACGGCACGGUCAGGAACAUCACCAACCAACACGGAUGUUUGACAAAGAGCAACGUCAGAAACCACGCAGUCACGUACCUUAGACAGCAAGGAAGAAAGCAUCAAGCAUCAGUUUGCCUUCGCAAACUCAUCAUGGGAUCAAUCACUUCGCGAAUGGCCGAUAGACUGAUCACCAGAAGAAUCGACUAUACAGUCAAUGCGGCACCAGCGGCAGCACAACCGGAUGCCGCACCUCCUGCCCCAAUCAUGAAGGAAGAUGGCACUUGUAUGCUCUUCCAGUUGAUCAGGAUGGUUUCGGUAGAGACCAUGACCACAAUCGCUAUCAUCACCAAGAAGCUCAACAACUUGGAGCACAUCAUGGAGACAGCCAAGUCCAACGUCGUGCUCUUCAACACCAUGGUCGAGGACUUGAUCACCCAGUUGCAAGCCAGGAGUGCUCAGGUCCCUCCAAUGAUAGCCAACCUGUUCGAUGGAUAUGCUAACUGCACCGACUCAGCAUUUGUCAAGUAUAUGGAGACCAAGAGAGACUCAUACGAAGAUGGAACACUCCUGUUGGACAACCAUGACAGCAUCAUGAUCAUCGCUCUUGAGAAGUACAAGAUCAUGGUUGACAGGAAGAUUUGGCUCAGGAAGUCCGAGGAACAAAUGGAGAUCAUGACUCUCAAAGCCGAGGUCACGAAGCUCCGUGGAAAGCCAAACUCCAAGCCAACGUCAUCCACGAAGCCACCAAGUGAAGGCAAGAAGGGAAAGGACGACGACAAGUUUGCCUGGAAGCUGGUAUCACCAAAGGAAGGAGAUCCUCAGCAGAAGACUGUCAACGGAAAGAAGUACAUCUACUGCCCAUACCACCAGACAACCAAGUGGGUCCUGGAGGUGAACAACAAAGGAGUGGUGCAUCGCACUGGAUGUGAGAAGAUGAAGGAGGCGCUCACCUCGAACAAGGCAACCGAGGGAACCGAUGACAAGACAUCCGAAGCAGCAGCACUUACCAACGCCAUUGAGGACGCAGGAACCAACACCCUGCUCCCCAUCAUCGAGGACGAAGAGCUUUGA